CUGGUCGUUGGCUGAAGUGGUCGUGGCGUCCGUCGACCGAACCAAACAAGUGGUGACUCCACUCCGCCUCCGACCGACUGAAAGCUCGUUAGCUUAGGCAUUGCGGAAGUGUUCUCCAAUAAGUCUGGUUCGUUGUGUCCUCGUCUCUCCCUCUGUCCAGACUAGUCAGCAUGGCAGACAGCUUCCUGAUGGAGGUGUGUGUGGACUCCGUGGAGUCUGCUGUCAAUGCAGAACGAGGAGGCGCAGGUCGACUCGAGCUGUGCACUAGUCUCCUGGAGGGAGGCCUCACUCCCAGUCUAGGUCUGCUGCAGGUCGUGAAGCGGUAUGUGAAAAUUCCAGUCUAUGUGAUGAUAAGGCCUCGCGGAGGGGACUUCUUGUACUCCGAUCAGGAUGUGGAGGUGAUGAGGAGGGACGUAGAGCUGAUGAAGAGCCACGGGGCCGACGGACUCGUGCUGGGAGCCUUGACAGAGGAUGGACGGGUGGAUGCAGAGCUCUGCAUGGAGUUACUGGCUGCUGCUCGUCCAUUGCCUGUCACCUUCCACAGAGCUUUUGACGUGGCUCAUGACCCGGCGGUUGCUCUGGAGACUCUGGUAUCAUUGGGGUUCGAACGUGUGUUGACAAGUGGCUGUGACAGCUCCGCUUUGGAAGGACUCCCCGUCAUUAAACGGAUCAUUGAUCAAGCUAAAGGGAGAAUUAUCAUAAUGCCAGGAGGGGGUAUCACAGAGAGGAAUUUGCAGAGGAUUUUAGAGGGAUCGGGGGCACAAGAGCUUCACUGCUCAGCCCGCUCCAGUAGGGACUCUGCCAUGAAGUUCAGGAACACCUGUGUGACGAUGGGAGCUGCUUUCUCAGCACCUGAGUAUGGCCUGAAGGUGGCAGAUGUGAGCAAAGUCCGCACUUUAAAUGCAAUAGCCAGAAAUACCUUGUGAGUGGGCACUGCACAAUCAUGUCAGACAACAAAACAACGUACCUCAUAAUUUCGGAAUUGCCAUGGAGUGCUUUUUUUAAAAAGAAUCACUGAUGAAACCGUCCUUGUAAAUAUAGAGCUCAGGGAUAUGUGCCCUCAGAGAAUGUGUCAUGAAAUACACAGUCGACCAUCAUGCAUUGUAAUUUUAAUUAAAAACGAAAGAGAAGCACUCAUCAGUGCAGCAGCUGUUUUCAGUUGUGUGUUUCACAUUUGCAAUAUAAUUGACCUAUUUUUAAUUUAUAUUCACUGUGGAAGAUAAUGCAAAGCUGUGACCUCCUAUACUUUAUUUUUUACAAGGGCGGAAACAUAAUGACUUGACUCUGGGUUUUUUUUGCUCAGAAUGUAAUAAAAGCUAGAAGAUUUCAA